UGGAUGGAGCCGAGUCUGUAUAUGCUCUCUUCUCUGUGCAAACAAGAGUACAUCUACAAGCCAGCAACUGAUUCACUAACAUUGUGUGUUUUCUCAUCUGCAAGGAACAGCAUAUCAACAAGUCAGCAGACAGAGCACCAGCAGUUUACAGCUCAGCAUCUAUUACCUAAUGUGUGCGCUCUCCCUCUUCAAUCAGCAAAGAACCUGCAGGCCAGCAGUUUACAGCUCAGCAUCUAUUCACUGUGUGUGCUCUCUCUCCUCAAUUAGCAACACACCUGCAGACCAGCAGUUUACAGCUCAGCAUCUAUUCACUAAUGUGUGUGCUCUCUCUCCUCAAUUAGCAACACACCUGCAGGCCAGCAGUUUACAGCUCAGUAUCCAUUCACUAAUGUGUGUGCUCUCUCUCCUCAAUUAGCAACGCACCUGCAGGCCAGCAGUUUACAGCUCAGCAUCUAUUCACUAAUGUGUGUGCUCUCUCUCCUCAAUUAGCAACACACCUGCAGGCCAGCAGUUUACAGCUCAGCAUCUAUUCACUAAUGUGUGUGCUCUCUCUCCUCAAUUAGCAACAAACCUGCAGACCAGCAGUUUACAGCUCAGCAUCUAUUACCUAAUGUGUGCGCUCUCCCUCUUCAAUCAGCAAAGAACCUGCAGGCCAGCAGUUUACAGCUCAGCAUCUAUUCACUAAUGUGUGUGCUCUCUCUCCUCAAUUAGCAACACACCUGCAGGCCAGCAGUUUACAGCUCAGCAUCUAUUCACUAAUGUGUGUGCUCUCCUCAAUUAGCAACACACCUGCAGACCAGCAGUUUACAGCUCAGCAUCUAUUCACUAAUGUGUGUGCUCUCUCUCCUCAAUUAGCAACACACCUGCAGGCUAGCAGUUUACAGCUCAGCAUCUAUUCACUAAUGUGUGUGCUCUCUCUCCUCAAUUAGCAACACACCUGCAGGCCAGCAGUUUACAGAUCUGCAUCUAUUCACUAAUGUGUGUGCUCUCUCUCCUCAAUUAGCAACACACCUGCAGACCAGCAGUUUACAGCUCAGCAUCUAUUCACUAAUAUGUGUGCUCUCAGCAAUCAGCGAUAAACCUACAGACCAUCAGUUUACACCACAGCCUCUAUUCACUAAUGUGUGUGCUGUCUCUCCACAAUCAGCAACACAUCUGCAGACCAGGAGCUUAAAUGACAGAUUCUAUUGACUAAUGUGUGUGCUCUCUCUGUGCAAUCAGCAACAGAUCUGCAGACCAGCAGUUUACAACUCAGGAUCUAUUCACUAAUGUGUGUGCUCUCUCUCUGCAAUCAGCAACAGAUCUGCAGACCAGCAGUUUACAGCUCAGCAUCUAUUCACUAAUAUGUGUGCUCUCUCUCCGCAAUCAGCAAUAAACCUGCAGACCAUCAGUUUACACCACAGCCUCUAUUCACUAAUGUGUGUGCUGUCUCUCCAUAAUCAGCAACACAUCUGCAGACAAGCAGCUUAAAGGACAGCUUCUAUUCAGACCAGCAGUUUACAGCUCAGCAUCUAUUCACUACACUGUUCUCUCCACACUCUGCCAGCAACAACAGAUCUACACUCCAGCUGUUCACAGCCCUUAUUCACCAAUAUUAAGUGUGUUUCCCGCUGCAAACCUUUAAUCUACAAGUCAGCAGCUCUCAGCACAGCUUCAGUUCACUAAGGUUUGUGCUCUCUCUCUGCAAGCAACAACACAUUUAUAAGCCCUAAGCUUACAGCACAGCCCAUUUUCACUAAGCUUGUGUGCUCUCUUUUCUGCAAGCAGCAAGAAUUCUACAAGACAGAAACAAAUGAAGUUUGAAGAAGUUGCAGUUUAUUUCUCGGAGGAGGAGUGGUGCUGUUUAAAUGAAGAACAGAAAGAGCUGUAUAAGGACGUGAUGAUAGAGAAUUACAGGAUGCUCAGGUCUAUAGGAAAUUUUCUUGUGAAACCAUCACUUGUCUCAAAGAUCGAGAGGGGAGAGGAGCCGUAUGUGGUCGGUGUCCACAAGAUCAGCCAAGGGAAGAUUCACUUAAAUUCUGAAGAAGGAUCAAUGAGAUUAGAAACCCAUGGGAAACGGCAGAAAAAAAAUUCUUGUUUAACUCAAAUUCAUACAGGAGAGAAUCAAUUUUUAUGUUCUGAAUGUGGAAAAAGAUUUACUAAAAGAAAAUCUCUCCUUAAACACCAGAAAAUUCAUACAGGUGUUAAAGAAUUAUGUUCUGAAUGUGGAAAAUCUUUUACAACAAAAUCAAGUCUUAUUCGACACCAUAGGAGAAUCCAUAAAAGAGAGAAGCCAUUUUCAUGUUCUGAAUGUGGAAAAUAUUUUACUGAUAAAUCACAUCUUGUUGAACAUCUUAAAAUCCAUACAGGUGAAAAACCCUUUUCAUGUCCUGAAUGUGGCAAACGUUUUACGUUUAAAUCUUCUUUUAAUGCACAUCAGAAAACUCACAAAGGAGAGAAACCAUUUCCAUGUUUAGAAUGUGGCAAAUGUUUUACGAUUAAAUCAACGCUUACUAAACACCAGAGGUUCCACACUCGAGAGGGAAUUUUUUCUUGUGUUGAAUGUGAGAAAUGGUUUACCUGUCAAGCACAUCUCAGUACACAUGAGAGAAUUCAUACAGGAGAAAAACCCUUUUCAUGUUCUGAGUGUGGGGAAUGUUUUACUGUUAAAUCAACUCUUAUUACACACCAGAGAAUCCAUACAGGAGAAACACCGUAUUCAUGUUUAGAUUGUGGAAAAUGUUUUACAUCUCAGUCAAAGCUCUGUAAGCAUGCAAAAAUCCAUACAGGAGAGAAACCAUAUUCAUGUUCUGAAUGUGGUAAAUGUUUUAAAGAUAAAUCCACUCUUUUACACCAUCACAAAGUCCACACAGGAGAGAAACCAUUUUUAUGUUCUGAAUGUGGUAAAUAUUUUACAGCUAAAUCAUCUCUCACUAAGCACCAGAAAAUACAUACAAGAGAGAAGACUCUAAUGCUCUGAAUGUGGGAAAUAUUUUACAUCAUUCAGAUCUCAUCAGACAUGAAAGGAAUUACUUUAACCUAGUGUUUUGACUAUGGUAAAAAAAAAUUAAACCACAUUUCACAAAACUGAUACAAAUUAAUGUUUAAAGAGAUCUAAAUACCCAAUUGUUUCUUUCAUGAUUCAGACAGAGCAUGCCAUUUAAAAGAAGCACCCACACUUUCCAAUGUAAUUCUGUUAUCUACAUUGCUUCAUUCUAUUGUUAUCCUUUGUGGAAGAAGCAACAAUGCACUACAGGGAGCUAAAUGAAUACAUCAGGUGAGUCAGUCAAAAGAGUCAUAUAUGUGCAGCUAAGAACACGGCGUGUAGUCAAAACACUAACUAAGGGACUCUUGUUUAGCAAGUCCCUCUGUGCAUUUUAUACUUAUAUGUUUUUGAGAAUAAAAUCUAAGUUUUAAUUUCACUGAGGUCCUUGUGCUUCCUCUGUUUCUGAAAUAUAUGUGCAGUCACCAUUCAGCUAAUUAUAUUUCCACAAAUGUGGAAAAUUGUUUAAAAUGACAUGCUCUGUUAGAAUAAUAAAAAAUGAAUUUUGACUUUACUGUUCCUUUAAUAUUUUAAAGCUGGAAGCUGUUUUUCCUCUGCAAACAAUAGGUGUGUGAACAUUCAUACAUUGAUGUUUUUUUGUCAUACACAAAAACAAAUUUUAUGUUAUUCAUUAAAUCGAGAAAAAAGUGCAAAAAAAUGGGUUAGAUCAUAUUUCAUUAUUGCUCUGUUGAUUGAGCUAGCUUAUGAUGGGUAGGCCACAUGCAUAUGCCUCUCCUUAUUGGCUCAAAAGGUGUAUUCAGCUAGGUCCCAGUAGUGUAUUGCUGCUUUUGGAGCUGAACAUAACUGUAUGUGCAAGCAAUAAUGCAAUAAAAAUGCUCUAAUAAUUUAGAUAA